AUGUCGUUAAACCCCUUCAAGUUCGUUCACGACAAAUUGCAAGAAAAGAAACUUCGCAAACUUGCAAAAAAGUGCGGAACGGUUCCCGAGAAUCUCCCUGCAAUUCUUCAAAAUCCAGAUAUUGUCACUCUUAUUCUCAAAUAUUUAAAAGGCAAAGAUACCGAAGACGAAAUGCCCGCACUUUUGUUCGAUUGGAAUCAGGCCGGCUUCAAUGACACCAACGUUCCAAAUUGUCGUAACAGUGUUGCAGGACAGACCCAAGGGGCUAUAAUCGCAAACCUCCUUGCAAACGGAGCAACCGAUUUUAGGAAUCUGAACAUACUAUUCGUUUUUCAAAAUGGUCAAGCAAUUGGUGAUUGGGUCGAUAGUUUCACUAUGAAUUUGCCUUGGGCGAAACAUCAAGCUGGUGUUCCAGAUAUCUGUAACAGCCUCUUAAGACUUAAUAAAAUUACGGCCCACACAGCCAAUGUAGAUAUCGAGAAUUUUUCAGCUAUCGUGAGAUAA